AUGACAGACAAUGGUUGUAUUAAUAAGAACAAUAGUUUAUUUGGUAAACUAUUAAAUAAUAUAGUUUUUAGAACUUUAAUAUUUGAUCAAGUAAGAGCGAUUCAUCGUGAGUUGAAAUUGAAUACCGCCGGUUUCAGCUGUGAUUUGUUGUGGGCAGUCAAACAUGGACAUGUUGGAAUAUUCAUGGAGAGAGUGAAGCGAGAUCAGAUUCAAUAUCAUCAACUCUUUGCACAACCCGCUAUUCUAUGGCAUUUUUGUAAACACGUACGAGCGUUAUCCGAUUUCAGAGAGAUCCACAACAAGUUUAGCAAGAGUUUUACACUCGAUGCAAUCGAUGCGCUUUUCAUACGAUGUGAGCCAGCGAUAAUCGAUUACCUGUUCACACACUGCCCGAACCAAGAGUUUACGAAACGAGCGAUACGCAACGCUGUGUGGAACGGACAUCUGGCGGUCGUUCAGAGAAUCGCCAGCAAAUAUAAAUAUACAAAAGAAACUUGGGCAAGACUCAUGGCAGUUGCAGCCGAGAGGAACAACACAGAGAUGUUUCAAUACAUCUGGAAUCGUGCGGAGCGAGAUAGAUUCUGGUCGGCUAAAGCGGUCGAUGCAUUUGCCGCGCAUCCCAACCAACCGAUGAUAGAAAUGAUAUUCAAUGAAAUGGAUGAGCAAGACGAGCGAUUUGCCGUUGUCUACAAACAACAAAAGCCACUGAGGACAUUCCGACCACCGAAAAGAUCGUACUACGCUUUCGCAAUCUCGAGAUCACUGCAACUCUCUCGAUAUCUCUACAUGAAGAACCAAACUUGUUUAAUGUGGGGAAUUGACUACUAUCCAGAGGAUUUGAUUUGCGGCAGAACUCCAUCAACGACUUUUAAACAACUCACGGUCAUUCGUGCUAUCUUCCUCACACGAUCAAGAUUAUAA